AAUGUACUUAAUUACUGCAAAAUGUCACUCAAGUACACAUUUUGAUCUUGGAAUGAAAUCAGGAUUAUCAUCAUUCAAUAUUUUCUACAAAAAAGUACUCAACAUCAUGGCAUCUACUAAUAACAUCGAAAGUGGUGAGCAAAGAGAAGUGAAAGCUUCCGUGCUUCAUGGCGCCAAAGAUUUGAAAGUUGUAAGAAUACGAUGGCUGACAUUCGAAAAGGAAACUCGUACUCUAGGUGUACCUGAACCAACAGAGGUACAAGUCGCCGUGCAAGCUACUGGUCUCUGCGGAUCUGAUCUACAUUACUAUAAUUAUUAUAGAAAUGGAGAUAUUAUCGUCCGGGAGCCUAUGACUCUUGGACAUGAAUCUGCUGGAAUUGUUACUGCUGUUGGCUCCGAAGUCAGUAAUCUAAAGGUUGGAGACCGCGUUGCGUUAGAAGUUGGACUUCCUUGCAAGACUUGUGAUUUAUGUGUAAAUGGAAGAUACAAUAUCUGCAAAGAAAUGAAGUUUAGAAGUUCAGCGAAAGCAUUCCCACAUCUCCAAGGAACUCUGCAAGAACGGAUUAACCAUCCUGCAGCAUAUUGUCAUUUAUUACCUGCAGAUGUAUCUCUUGAGCUCGGUGCCGUGCUCGAACCUCUCAGUGUCGCAAUACACGGUACAAGACGAGCGGCUUUGCCAAAGGGCAAGACGGUGCUCAUCUUCGGUGCCGGAGCAGUGGGCCUUUUAUGCGCGGCAAUGUGCAAAGUUACCGGUGCAAAGAAUGUUGUUAUAGCAGAUAUACAGCCCGACCGAUUAGAUUUUGCAGUUCAGAACAAUUUCGCAGAUGCCAAGCUUCUGGUUCCAAUGACCAGACCUGAGACAAUUGAGGAUAAGUUGACUUUUGCGAAAGAGGUCGCCGAAUUGAUCAAGAAAGCAUCUGGAGAAGGGGACAUUGAUGCAGUAUUUGAAUGCACGGGUGUUGAAUCAUGCCUCCAGGCUUCGAUAUAUGCAACUAAACCAGGCGGAAAGAUAAUGCUAAUUGGAAUGGGAACGCCCAUACAAACAUUACCAAUUUCUGCAGCUGCUCUACGAGAAGUUGAUCUCGUCGGUGUUUUCAGAUAUGCAAACACUUAUGCAGAUGCCAUCAAACUUGUCGCGAGCAAAGAUCCUUUGCUCCCUGAUCUCUCAAAGUUAAUCACGCAGAGGUACAAGGGAUUCGAGAGUAUUCCGGAAGCAUUUGCAAUGGCUGGUAAAGUCAGGGAUGAGAAUGGUAGCUUGGUUUUGAAAGUUCUCGUUGACACCACUGAGUCAUAAAAGGAUGUAUUCUAUCUGGAGCCAUUCCUUACCCAUGGCCAGAUAAUACACCUUGCUUAAUGCAACUUUCCAAAGAUCGACAAUAGCGAGGAUUUAGAGUAGGUCCUGAUUUGCUGGUGGAGUUCAGUUUUUCUGGUAUAGAGUUAGAAGAAUUUAAUUAAUCAUAUCUUGUGA